UCAUGCUGUCUCCUCCAAAGCUUUCUGAUAAGCCUUUGAUAUAAUCUUUCGUGUACACGAGAUAGGGUUGGAAGUAUUCCCGGCUUUAUCCCCGGCGGAGGUUAUGUUUAUAAAUACCUAAAUAUGAUUUUAUAAAUGUGAGUUCGUCUUAUGUUAUUUUUCCUAUUGUUAUCAUUAUCAUUGCCAGUAUUAUGAUCAUUAUCAUUAUCACCAUCAUCAUUCCCAUUAUCAUCAUCAUGUAUAUUAUCAUCACUACUGAGUUCAUCUUGUAUUAUUAUUACUAUUAUUAUCAUCUUUAUCACCAGCAUUAUCAUCGUCAUUAUCAUUUCUAUUAUCAUCAUCAUUAUUGUUAUUAUCAUUAUUGAUGUCCUAAAAGUAGAUCUUGCUAUCCAUAGGAAACUGAUCAUAUCUAACACGUUAUAAAAAAAAAAAAAAAAAAAAAAAAAAAAAACAUACCUUUUCACCCUCACUGCACGAGAAACUCCAAAUGCUCAAACCCUGCCCCCCCCCCCUCCCCCAGGCACAGGCACAGUGCUGGUGGAGGUUUCGGACGUGAAUGACGUGCCUCCCCGCUUCUCUCGCCCGGAGUGGACUUUGGACGUGUCAGAGCGUCUCGCACCUGAGCACGUCCUGGCCACACUCACCGUCAUCGACCAGGAUGUUUCCAACAACUUCACUUUUAGGGUGGUGCCAGGCAGCGGGCGUGGGUGGCAGAUGUUCCGAGUGGAGGGGCGGCAGAGCGGAAGUCCCGGGGGAGACCUCCGUGCUAUGAGUCCGCUCGACUACGAGAACCCUGAGCACAGAAAAGGCUUCCGUUUCCGAGUGCAGGUCACAGACAUGGGAGAGGCCGGGUGGCUUGACAAAUACCACGUGGACGGCGCCUGGGUGAACCUCAGCCUCGUAGAUGAUAAUGACAACUCACCUGUGUUCACCCACGACUACGCCCAUUUCACGUUACCUGAGGAUACGCCCACGGGGACACUCCUGGCGACCUUCACAGCACACGAUAUAGAUGGCAAUAGAGAGUGA